AAUUUAAUCGCCAUUUUUCCUCAAUAAAUUUACAUUGACCGCUUGUAAUAUUUAUGCAGUUGGCAUCAGUUAGUACUGUAGCACUGCAAACAGAUAACCUAUAGCACCAUAAAGAAAUUAAUUUGAACAAGGAAAAAAAAGUGCAGAGCAGAUUGAUAUAUUUAAUUGUAGAAAUGGAUUUAGAUCAUAUUGGAGAUAUACCCAUUAAAAGUUCUUUAGAUGACAUGACCUGGGAUCCAACAGAUUUGGUAGUUGCUGUUGAGGACAAAGUGAAAGAUGUACAUAACGUAGGACAAGAAGAUAAGACAGGAUUUCUAGAUAAAUGCUACAAGUAUCAAUUAGAAGUCAAUUUGACUGUAAAGUCAGAUUUAUUUGGUUUCAAGCAAAAUCCAUCUGUGGGUGUUGUGGCCAAUUUCAUAGAUGUGAUGUGGAAGCAGGAAGAUCAGAAAAAUUGUCCGCCAACAUUUUGCAAUCUUAAAGUUUCCAAGUUUGAAAUGGGUUUGAAUGAAGAAGUCAAUUUGACUGUAAAGUCAGAUUUAUUUGGUUUCAAGCAAAAUCCAUCUGUGGGUGUUGUGGCCAAUUUCAUAGAUGUUAAGUGGAAGCAGGAAGAUCAGAAAAAAUGUCUGCCAACACUUUGCAGUAUUAAAGUUUCCAAGUUUGAAAUGGGUUUGAAUGAAGGUUUCUGCAAGGUUGAAACAUACCAGAUCAUUCAACGUGUUGGAUGUGGGCAGAAUAAGGAAGAAGAAAAAGCAAUGGAUUGGAAUAAAAAAGACCCUGAUAAAAUGAACAAAAUAAAAACAAACAUACUGAACAAGACAAAAUAUGGUAUGAUUUUAGUGCUGCUUUUGAGUGCUUUUUGUUCAGUGUCAAGUGCUAAAAAUAUAGAUGAUGACUGUUUACAGACAUCUGUAAGUGGGUUUGUCAAUACUGGAGAUUUGGUUUUCCACUGCAAGUGUAAAUGUUCAUGUUCACAAAACUGGAGAUGGUCUGGAGGUCCAAAUAAUGUUGAUUUGACCACUAAUCAGCAGGUGCUAUCAUCUUACAUUGAAAAAAUCAACAUUACUGAAAAUCCUCCAGGAGUACAUGACUAUUCAAUAACAAUGAACGUAACAGAGACUGAUUUUAUGUCUGACUUCACAUGCCAUAAUGGUUUUGCUACUAAGAAAAUAAACAGAUCUGAGUUACUACAACACGUAUCUCCACCUAGCCAGUAUACAGUUACCUCAACCAUGUCAUCACCUGAACAACCAAAGACCUCAGUCAUGUUAACACAUGAACAAACAAGGACCACAACCAUGUCAACACUUAAACCAACAAUGACAAGUUAUAUUAGUAAAAUGAGUGAUGGUGAAAAAGCAGGGAUAGUAUUUGGAUCUUUUAUAGUGGUAGCACUAUUAGUUGGAGCAGCUGUAUUCUUAGGUAAAAGGAGAUGUAAUCAACAAAAGCAGGAUGAUAUAGAAGCAGGAAUGCCUAUGAAAACAAGGUCUUAAGAGUUAUAUUUGAAGUUCUAAGGAGAAUUGAUAGAUCCAACAAGAACUGAUGUCAAUCCUGAUUAUUGCCUUAGCCUUUGCAACUUAGUUGAAUUUAAGAAUCAAAAGAAAUCAUAUCUUGUACUCAUGUUUUGAUAGAUUUUAUGUUUUUUUUUAAAUGUAAAAUAUGAAUUUUGCUUAACAAAGAAACCUACCACAUUCAAUCAUGUCUUUGAAUUUGAAAAUUUGACCUGUUUCUGAAGUCUAAGAAUCCAAUCAUCUGAUAAUUAAAAUUUUCUAAUUUAUUUUUUUUUACAUCUCAAAUUUAUUCUUUAAUCAUAAUAGAUCAUUUCUUAAAAAUUGCCAAAAAAAAUGAGAUUAAUAUAACUAUAAAUGGUAAAAUGUGGUGUGUAAUGUUUAGUAUAGUGAAAUGUAUAUUUUUAAAUAGAUUUUACAUUAUUUUGUUAUGUUUUAAUAAACAUGUUGUAAAGGCAUUAAUUGUCCAUUUGGGAUUCUUCAUGUGCUAGUAUUCAGUAUUUACAAGUCAAGCCUGUAUUGUCUCAGCGUUGUUGUAUUAUGGAUUAUUUUUACUUCAGUUUUAAGAUCUUUUACAUAUUUUAUAUUUUUGUACUUGAAUAGUUGUAAUCAUGUAAAAUAAAAUGGAGUGCCUCAUUUUCAACACAUAUCAUUUAUAUUUCGAUUUGGUCUUUUAUUGAUUUUUCAAUGAAAUGAAGAAUGACAUAUAAACUGAUCAACUUUUAUCAUUUGCAGACAUAAUCAUGGAUUUAAAUAUCCAUAUAAAUGAACAAAUUUUUUUGUAUUUAUUUAAAAUUUUUAUUUAUAUAGAUGUUUAGACAGUCAUACUUUUAUUUAUUCUAUUGCAUAGAAUUAAAAGAGUUUCUACAAUAUUUUAUUUUUAUGCACCAUUUAUGGGCAUUAUCUUUUCUGGUCUGUGCAUCCAUUCUUCUGUCUGUCCAUUUAUUGAUCCAUUUGUUUGUUGAGAGGGGGGUUUGUCAGAGUGGUCCUGAUCUGAAAUCCAGAGAUCAAUCCCAAAAUCUUGAGCUUUAAGACAUCCGAUCCUGACGUCCUGAAAAAUGUCCUGCCCCCUAAGACAGUGAAUCUUUGUUAGUCUUUCCCACUUAAAGUUUUUGGUCAAAGUGUUUUUUGAUGAAGUUGAAACUUAGUACACAUGUUUCCAAUGAUUGUUCAUGAAAAUACACAUGUGUCUGCAUAAAAAAUUUCUAUGAGAUAGAAUUUUGAAAUAAAUUGUGAGCAGAUAGGUUUUAUUAUAUGUUUUAAGAAA